AUGAAUCAGUGUCCAUCUAAGUAUUUACCUUUCCCAAAUUCUUCAAAGCGAAUUAUGGAUUUUUAUCGAGUAAACGCAAUCGAAAGUUGGACAUACUUUCAAGGAAUGGAAGAUUCUAAUUCAUUUGAUGCAGUAAAAAAGAAGCUCGAAAAAUACUCGACAGCUGGAAGGUAUAUUCAUUUAGUAGGAAUAGGGUUUGAACAGAUUAAGUGA